AUGGCUAAAAAGUCUUUAAUCGCCCUUUCGCUCCUGAUUUCCUUCGCUUCAGUUUGUAACAUGGGAAUAUCACUAGCUGAUCAAUCACAGAAAACAUGGUGUGUGGCCAAGCCCUCGUCUGACGUGGCAGUUCUGAACAGCAAUCUUUACUACGUUUGCGUACAAGUCGGGUUGGACUGCUCGAUUUUCCAGCCGGGCCACCCUUGUUUUCAACCCGAUAACCUCGUGAGCCAUGCCUCGGUUGCCAUGAAUAUUUACUAUCAGGCUUAUGGCAGAAACGUUUGGAAUUGUGAUUUCAAAAACUCGGCAAUCACCGUGACAACCGAUCCAAGUUAUGGCAGUUGCAUCUAUGCGUAG